ACAGGCCUGUCGAUUUUAUAAGUAUAGAAGUUUAAUAUAGAACGACGAUUAUAGAAUAAAGUACUCAAAGAUGUACAAAAUAGCGGCUUAUCUCAAUCUUUUACUAAUAGUCUUAGCCCACUGCUUUCUAUCCUUUGCUGCGGAGGAAAAACUGAAUAUCGGUGUUAAGAAAAGAGUUAAAGAUUGCAAAAUCAAGUCACAAAAUGGCGACACGUUGCACAUGCACUACACUGGAACAUUAAAAGAGGAUGGAACAGAAUUUGAUAGUAGCAUUCCAAGGGGUGAACCAUUUGUGUUUACACUAGGGACUGGGCAAGUCAUUAAAGGUUGGGACCAAGGUCUUUUAAACAUGUGUGAAGGAGAAAAAAGGAAGCUUGUGAUUCCAUCCAGCUUGGGAUAUGGUGAUUCAGGUGCACCUCCUAAAAUUCCAGGGGGAGCAACAUUGGUAUUUGAAGUGGAGUUAAUAAAGAUUGAGAGAGAAAGUCAUUCAGAUUUAUAACUGAUAUUGUACAAUGAUGUAUCUUCAUAUUUUACGAAAUGUUUAGCACUGAAUAAAAUUUCACUUGUUUAUGUAAUACUAAUAUGUCCAUAAUAUGGGCACUCAAUUUGAUCGACUCAAACAAAUUGGUAUCCAUCUCAAUCGACCCAUUUCUAGCUUCCUAAGUUGAACCUCUU